AUGCCCAUCGCAUCAGAACUCUCUGGUUCCCUCAAUGCCCUCUCACUAUCAAAUGCUCCGGUCCCCAUGAGUGACGAUGACGAGGAGCUGCUCCUAAUCGGGAGCAAGCUCCUGUCACUGACGAACGACCUUCUCGGGGCCGCCAACCUGCCGCCUCCAUCCACUGCCACUACCACAACAAGUCUCGCGGCAGACAUGGAGCAGCGAAGGUCAAUACUCGAAUUAACGCCGCCGCCCAGUCCUGUGGCGGUCGUGGGCAAGAAGAAGCUGGUAACGUUGCCCAUGGAGCUGAUUUGCCUGGCCCUGGACUUUGUCAAUCCGCGGGACCAGAAGACGUUCGCGGCGGCCAGUAAGGUGUGCCGGCAGUGGUAUUUUGCGGCGACCUCCCAUCUGUAUUGCUACCCCAAAAUCACCUCACAGAAUUACCUGAAAUUCGUGUCGACGAUUUCCCCCACCUCGACGGCGGUCAAGACUACCCCACUAUCAUCACUAAUCCGUCGCCUUGACCUCUCGCGCAUAGUACAUGAGGGAAAGCCCUCCUUCACUGCUCGCCUUCUACGGCGCACGCACACUUCACUCGAGGAGUUUGUUGCCCCUCAGGCGUCAUUUGGGUAUAUUUGCCUUGUGGCCCUCAGUCACUGCAAAAAGUUGCGGCUCCUGGACCUCUCUCUUGUCUCACAGAGCGUGAGCCUCGAUAGCUUGUUUAUCAACAUCCAAGACCUCCCGCAUCUUCUCACACUCAAGUUCCCCCGUUCAUCUAUCUUUGAUCGCGGUAAGGUGGAGUUCCGCUGGCCUGCACGAAUCGAAAAGUUCUCGCUAGCCGGCGGGAUCAGUAAUUCCUUCCUCAUUAACGCCACCAUUCCGCCAACGCUCAAGGAGCUGCAGAUAUCUCAUUGCCCAUUCGCCAAAAACGCCUCAAUACACAACCUGUUGAACAAGUUAAGUCAACAACUCACGUCCCUCAGCGUCGGAUACAAUAUCCCCUGUCUUCCCUACAACGCACUCGACAAGAUCCUUAUAAUGUGCCCAAAUCUCACAAAGUUGCUAGUCGCAGUGGAUUACAUCUCCUGCCACAUGUUUGAUGAAGACAACACUCCCGUAGGUCAUCCACUCCGACGACUUGACUUGGACUCGAGUGGCAACCUAGGGAUUGAGCAUAAAGUCUCCCCGGACGAAGUCUUUAUCGCAGUCGCAGAGGAACGACUAAGUGAGUUGAGAAUCGUGAGGGUUAGCAAGAAACUUGGGUGGUCGGUGAGGGCACAAAGCAAUAUGGAAGAUCUCGUAGAUCUCUUAGAGGCAAAGAGUGAGGAGAGGGGCGAGAAUGGUGCUGGAGUAGGCGUGUGGGAAUUCGAUAAUGCAGGGGAAGAAAGAGAGACUUUCAGGGGGUUCUUGGGGAAUAAUUAUGAUGCGCAAAUCCAUCACCUCCCAGUGGGUAUACAACUAUUUGCCAGUAUCCCGAUAAAUGAAGAGUGCUCCGAGUGUGACGGUGAGUGGGAGGAGGCUUGUAAAUCCUGUGGCGUAGACUGGGAGUGGGGAGAAGUUGGCGGAUGA